AUGGAACAAGAAGAGCACGAAGUGUACGGUGCAGACAUUCCCGACGAAGAGGUUGAGAUGGAAGCUGAGAUGGAAGCUGAACAACAAGGAGAUGAAGAACUUCCCCCUAAUCACACAACCAAGGAAUUGGAGGAUAUGAAGAAGAGGCUGAAAGAGAUCGAGGAAGAAGCUAGCGCCCUUCGCGAAAUGCAAGCUAAGGUCGAGAAAGAGAUGGGCGCUGUUCAAGAUCCUGCUGGGUCUUCUGUGUCUCAAGCUGAAAAGGAGGAAGUGGAUGCUCGAUCAAUCUAUGUUGGCAAUGUCGACUACGCGUGUACGCCUGAAGAAGUCCAACAGCAUUUUCAGUCCUGUGGUACUGUCAACAGAGUUACAAUAUUGACAGACAAAUUUGGUCAACCAAAAGGAUUUGCUUAUGUAGAAUUUGUUGAGAUUGAUGCUGUUCAAAAUGCACUCAUUUUAAAUGAAACUGAAUUGCAUGGCCGUCAGCUAAAGGUGUCUGCAAAACGUACAAAUGUUCCUGGAUUGAAGCAGUACUUUGGAAGAAGACCUGCUGGUUUCCGUGCUAGGAGGCCUUUCAUGCCUGCACCAUUCUUUCCACCAUAUGGUUACGGAAGGGUUCCGAGAUAUAGAAGACCGACGCGAUACCGACCAUACUAG